AUUUAAUACAUUCCUACAUAAAUAAAUGGCACUAUAACUUUAAAAUAAACUUUAAGGAGUCCUUAUGGUCUUUGAAGAUACUCUCAGAAAUUCUCUUCAUUAAGAAAUGAAUUAAUAAGACCUUCAAUUAAGAGCACAUCAUAUGCUCACUUAUCAAAAUGAACUUUUAACUUUAAUUGAUUCAAUGCCAGAUAUUGAUGAUUCCAUCCCCAAAACCAAUUUAUAAGAUUAUUUCCAUGAAAAAGAUCAAUAAAUUGAUAAACAUGCUUUACUUAAAAAAAAACUUAAUGAACUAAGUGAAGAAGUAGAUGCUAAAAUUUAAGAAUAUUUCACUCAAUAAAAAUUAUGA